GAAGAGCUCCGGUGAUGGCUUGGAGGACGAUGGGGUGAAAAGCGUCACCUCCAAGCUGGUCUCGCUGAUCUCCGGCCUGGGCCAGGCGGCGGUGAAGUCCCUGGAACCCGGGGAGCUCCAGGAGUUGAACUCCGUGGACGAAACGAGCGGGGAGGGCGUCAAGCUCGCCGUCACCAAGGAGUCUGCCAGCGAGGCAGUCUCCAAUGGCGUGCAGCUGAAGCUGCUAGCAAUUCCAGCUUCCGCGUUCGCUGGCCGACGAUUGGAAACCUCGUGUGACAGCAUCGAGCUGCAAAGCACCGAGUGGCUGAAGAGCAACCCGCACAGCUACGCGCGCAGCGUUGCCGGGGCCAGUGGCACAGUGCCCGAGGAUGCAGACGUCCUCAAUGUGGAGGUUCGGUUCUGCGGCAAGUCGGUCUUGAGCGAGCCUGCCACGGUGCGGCUCGCGAUUCCCAGCUUUGCCGCCGCUCCCGAAGGCGUUCAUGGGGAUGAAAGUAAGUUUGAUCAACAAGCCGACGUGUGCACGCUAUGA